AUGUCGCUGCACAAGGAAAUCUGUAAAUACCUGGCACGGUCAAGCUCGAAACCGCUGAACAAAUUGGAGUUCGAACCAACCAAGCGGAAAACGGGGGCCUUGUCCCAGAUCUUUAAGAAAGUCUUUUUUCCGUACUACUUUAAAUUUAUCCGGGCGCCCUAUGAAAGGUGGCAAUUCUGUGCCAUGACAAAAUUCUUGAGGGAACACGGACUCAUGUACAGCGACAAAGACCCCGUCAUUGAGAGAGCCAUCUCGCUUCUCCCGAAGGAUAUUCAAAUAAAACGUUACAGGAGAAUGUUAAGAGGAACGCACAUCAAUUUUUUAAGACUUUAUCUGCACCCCUCAGAGCAGAACUAUGACCCUUAUAUUCCCUACCUUGCUCCAUAUAUCGAAGAGGCAAAAUUCCAGCUGCAAGAAGAGGAAGAAUUACUGGGUUAUCAUCCCUACGACAGGAGACUAUAUACUGGUGGAACAACUGGUUUUGGUGACUUAGAGCCAGGAAUGCAUUUCCUCGUUUCGAUUCCGAACCUUUACGGAGCGGCCAUACCGCACAGCCUUAAGAAGAAGUAG